AGUUUGUAGUCAUGAGUUGUUUACUACACACGAAGGACGAAAAUUUCUCCUAAAGUCAUUAUGGAUUUGAAUUAUGAAGAAUUGGAACUGAUGAUGAACCAUGAACUAGAUUUUAAAACGUUCAAAGGUUAAUAAAUUAUGUUAGAAUUAUUUAUAUUCGUCUUAAUCGGUUUAAAUAAAUUGUGGCAGCUAUUAAUCUUGACAACUAGAAAUAUACGAUUAAAACAAGUCUUAACAUUGCCUACUCUAUUCUUCCCUAGCGUUCCUUUAUUUUAUUAUUUUGUAACUAAGCUUUUUCUUAAUUAAUUGAAGAUUGUUUAGAGUGGAGGAGAGCCAUUACUUCAUUCUGUAAAAAAAUAUUGCAGAGUAAGCAAUGCUAAAAUUUGCCAAAAAGAAGUUUAAUAAGGGAUCAAAGAGUAGUUUGGAAGAUUUAGACGAUUUAAGGGAUAUCUUCAAACGAUUCGAUAAAGAUGGUAACGGUGAAAUCACAUCAGAUGAAUUAGCGGAAAUGAUGACUUUCCUCGGUAUAAAUGAACGUUCUGCCAAUGAAGAAACAGCAAAAGCCAUUGUCAAAGGUGUAGAUAAGAACAAAAACGGGGCUAUCGACUUUGAUGAGUUUGUCGUAAUUAUGGCGAAUACGUUCAAGGAGCCUGUAGGUAAGGAUCAAGAGAUUCGAGACGCCUUUAAAGUGUUCGACAGGGAUAACGACGGUUAUAUAGAAGCAAAAGAAUUACGACAAGUUAUGAGGGAGUUGGGCGAGGACUUUACAGAAGAACAAAUCAGGAAAAUGAUGUCAGUUGCCGAUAAGGAUGGUGAUAACCGUAUUAAUUUUGAAGAAUUCGCCAGGAUCAUGAGGUUUGCGAAAUAG